UACUCCAGGGCGAACGACAAAGAGCCCUGUGGAUGGUGGCUGGCCAAGGUUCGCAUGGUCAAAGGAGAGUUUUAUGUGAUCGAGUAUGCUGCAUGCGACGCCACGUUGAACGAGAUCGUGACGCUGGAGCGGCUACGGCCAGUGAACCCUAAUAAACCGGCCACCAAAAGCACCUUCAUUAAGAUCAGGCUGGAUGUUCCUGAAGACCUGCGACAGAUGUGCUCCAAGGAGUCGGCGCACAAAGACUUUAAGAAGGCCAUCAGAGCGUUCAGCGUCACCUUCGACUCUGAGAAGAAGCAGCUGGUCAUCUUGUCGGUGAACGAGGUCACGACGAAGAGGGCCGGUAUGAUGAGCGACAUGCACUUCCGCAGCCUCCGCACCAAACUGUCGCUCAUGAUGCGCAACGAGGAGGCCAACAGGCAGCUGGAGAGCUCCAGACAGCUGGCGUCUCGGUUUCAUGAACAGUUUGCGGUUCGGGAUGAUCUAAUGGGUCUGGCCAUCGGGACUCAUGGAGCCAACAUUCAGCAAGCGCGUAAAGUUCCUGGAGUCACUAACAUCGACCUGGAUGAGGAGACCUGUACCUUCCACAUAUAUGGGGAGGACCAGGAUGCUGUCCGAAUAGCCAGGACUUACCUGGAGUUUUCCGAAGAUGUCAUCAAGGUUCCCCGGAACUUAGUCGGAAAGGUGAUCGGGAAGAACGGCAAGCUGAUCCAGGAGGUGGUUGAUAAAUCUGGUGUGGUCAGAGUUCGAAUCGAGCCGGAGAACGACAAAAAGCCCUCAGCGGCGGCGGCAGCAGAUGAGGGAAUGGUGCCAUUUGUGUUUGUUGGGACCAAGGAAAGUAUUUCCAACGCCACCGUGCUCCUGGACUAUCACCUCAACUACCUUAAGGAGGUGGAUCAGCUGCGCAUGGAGCGCCUUCAGAUUGACGAGCAGCUGAGACAGAUAGGAGGGGGAGGCGGAGGAGGGGGAACGGGUCCCAGAAACCCCAAAGACAAAUCCUAUGUGUUUGAUAAUGGGAUGGGGAUGGGCAGAGGAGCAGGAGGAGGCGGAAAGCCCUACGCAGGAGGAAGAGGUGGACGAGGCCGGAGAGGUGGGGGGGCACCGUUCACGUCAGGAACCAACUCAGAGGCUUCCAAUGCUUCAGAGACGGAGUCCGAUCACAGGGAGGAGCUGAGCGACUGGUCCCUGGCUCCCACUGAGGAGCUCGUAGGAGGCGGGUCCCUGCCCAGACGGACAGAUGGGAGACGGCGAGGCGGGGGCGGAGGUCUGAGGGGGCGUGGAGGCAGGGGGAGAGGAGGGGGAGGAUAUAAAGGUGAUGACAUGCAGUGGGGAGACCCGAGACCUCGACACGUCCGAGACUCUAAGCCGAGAGGCCAAGAAGAAACUCUACAGAUUCGUGUCGACGGAAACAACGAGCGCAGCGUGCAGCAUUCGUCAGCUGGCCGAGGAGGAGGAGCAGCGCAUCCUUCGUCUCAGGGCGCCAUCGGCCUCGGAGGGGAGGGCCAGCCCCGCCAUCAUCACCAGAGACCCAUGAGGGAUCGAGGGAUAAAAAAGGACAAACAGGACGCUCCUGCACUGGUGAACGGAGUGUCGUAGAUGCAGCGAUGGAGGACCCCUGUCACACACACACCCUCACACACACACACACACACACAGAGGCAACUUCUACACCAUCUCUGGCGUUUCUCUUUUUCCUGCCUUCAUCACACUGAGGAGGACUGAUAUUUCCAUCAGCAUGGAGACAUUUAGUGAAUCCCUACAGCAGAGCUGGUCUGGUUUCUGCUGGUUCGCUUCGUUCCCGUUUGGCGUCGUCUCCUGUUUACUGUGGAGUAAAGGAAGCCUGACGGUUUUGGACUCGAGGAACAGAAGAAGUCCGUUUUCUGUCAAAGAGGAGCUCCUUUUCACUCCAAAGGAGAUCACACAAAAACCUUUUUGUUUCUUUCUAUCCCCAGGCUCACUCACACACAAACGGAAACGAUGACAGCAGAAAUCUAUGGAAAUAGCAGUAGCCGUCAGGCUAGGCUCCUACUGCGUAAGAUGGGAGGCUAACCGUAGAGAUGAUCCAGGUCUUUGUGGUCUACAUUGUUCUCCCGGUGCAGAAAUCAGUUUGGUCAUUCAAAACUCCAAAAACCAAUAUUUUUCAGUCAGCUGCAACACGAGCCCGGACGUAUCAUAAGCAGAGAUUUUUCAGGCGUUGCCCCAAAUAACGCGUACACCGUGGGAGGCGCGUGGUUGUGGGAAAAUGUUCACAGAUGGCACUUUAAUUUUAUUUUCUACCUUUUCACACUGAAAUACAAAAAGAAAAGAGGUAUGCACUCCUGAAUUAAAGCUCUACAUCAGGCUGUGGUUUAAACGGCAUGAAUUAUAAAAAAAAAAAAGAAAAAAAAAGUCAACCCCGUUCUGAAGCAAACAGACUUAAAUCGGGGGCACUUUGGUGUAAAUCAUUUGGUUUCAAAAAGGAAACUAAGACCCAGCUGGACGGUUAGCUCCAAAACGUCUGGUUGUACUACGUCAAUAAAAAAAGAGAAAAAAAAAGCUGACAUGAGAUAAAAAGGUUAAACCACUGACUGGACGGCUCCAGCCUGUAAAGGACGAUACUCAGACAGCAGCAGCAGCCCUGUCCUGCUGUUGGUCCAACUGCACUGAUUCACAAGUUGGUCUUCUAACCUGCAUUUACGCUCUAGUCCCAGCGAACUAGUAGGUAAAAUAUCUACAAAGAAACCAGUCCUCUUGUUUUACUGAUAACUCCAUCAACUAUUCAUUUCCAAAUCUUCUAGAUGAACUCAGUCGUUUUGUUUUAGGUCUUACCUCCCCCUCCCCUCUGCUUGUUUAGACUCUUUCCUUCCUAUUUAUCUUUUCUUAGAUCAUCACAUCUUGGCUGCGUUUUGUAAAUGAGGACUCAAACGAGACAUUUUCUCUGAGCUUUGAGACGGUCAGUGAAGCAGUCAUUAUGUGCCUGUAAGUUUCAGAAACUGUGAGCUUCUUUUGUUUUGUUUUUUCUUUGAUGAUGAGGCUCCUUUAUGACGGUGCCUUGGCCUUUUCUUCCUUUUUUUGUCUGUAAAAUUAGUUAAUGUUAAGGCAACAGUCAUCAGCAUAUUGACAUGUAAUGACGAUUCUCUGAUUCUCUAUGGCUGUUUAUAAAUUAAAGAAGUCCCCUCUUGUUUUUUUUUUUUGUUUUUUGUUUUUCAAUAAUCAAAACAAUACUGAUAGAUUUGAACAGUAAUCUGAUGCAUUUAUGUUUUUUUCUUUGUUUUUUUUUUGGUGAAUGGUUUACAUGGAAGGGAUCAGUACAGUUUAGUUGGCGAGAAGCUUUAAAAGUUCGUAUUUGCUGCGAUCUCUUCUAUUAAGUCCUCUGUUAAAACUGACUGUAAUAAUGGAAAUGAGCAAAUAUGGAGAAAAUCUGGGAUCUGAUUAGAAAAAACAUACAAUAAAAAAUAAACCUCUGUAUCUAAACAGUACGGAAGAGGAUUAGGGCCACUGAAAAAAUAAAAAAGGUGAACUGAUUU